AUGAAAGACACAGCCAAGGCUAGCACAGGAAUGAAAGACACGGCCAAGGCUAGCACAGGAAUGAAAGACACAGCCAAGGCUAGCACAGGAAUGAAAGACACGGCCAAGGCUAGCACAGGAAUGAAAGACACGGCCAAGGCUAGCACAGGAAUGAAAGACACGGCCAAGGCUAGCACAGGAAUGAAAGACACAGCCAAGGCUAGCACAGGAAUGAAAGACACAGCCAAGGCUAGCACAGGACAUGGCCAAGGCUAG